UAUCCGCAGUGUUAUGCAGAAAUACCUUGAGGAAAGGGGUGAAUUAACCUUCGACAAGAUCUUUCAUCAGAAAAUUGGAUUUUUGCUUUUCAAAGACUAUUGCAUGAACGAGAUCGAUGAAGCUGUCCCUCAGCUGAAGUUUUAUGAGGAGAUAAAAGAAUAUGAGAAACUGGAUUCUGAGGAUGAGCGUCUGACCCGAAGUCGGCAGAUUUAUGACACCUACAUAAUGAAGGAGCUCCUGUCCUGCUCUCAUCCUUUCUCAAAGCAAGCUGUAGAUCAUGUACAAAAACAUUUAGCCAAGAAACAAGUGCCAGCCAGCCUUUUUCAGCCAUAUAUAGAAGAAAUUUGUGAUAGUCUUCGAGGAAAAAUAUUUCAAAAAUUUAUGGAAAGUGACAAGUUUACUAGAUUUUGUCAAUGGAAGAACGUAGAACUAAAUAUUCAUCUGACCAUGAAUGAUUUUAGUGUACAUAGAAUAAUAGGAAGAGGGGGAUUUGGUGAAGUGUACGGUUGCAGAAAAGCAGACACUGGAAAAAUGUAUGCAAUGAAAUGUUUAGAUAAGAAGAGAAUCAAGAUGAAGCAAGGAGAAACAUUAGCCUUAAAUGAAAGAAUUAUGCUGUCUCUUGUCAGUACAGGAGACUGUCCUUUUAUAGUGUGUAUGACCUAUGCCUUCCACACCCCUGACAAACUCUGUUUCAUUCUGGACCUGAUGAAUGGAGGAGAUUUGCACUACCACCUCUCCCAGCACGGGGUGUUUUCUGAAAAAGAAAUGAGGUUUUAUGCUACUGAAAUCAUCCUGGGUUUAGAGCACAUGCACAAUCGCUUCGUUGUAUACAGAGACCUAAAGCCUGCAAAUAUCUUGUUGGAUGAACAUGGGCAUGUGAGGAUAUCAGACCUUGGGCUGGCUUGUGAUUUUUCCAAAAAGAAGCCACAUGCUAGUGUAGGUACCCACGGAUACAUGGCUCCCGAGGUGCUCCAGAAGGGCACGGCGUACGAUAGCAGCGCAGACUGGUUCUCCUUAGGCUGCAUGCUUUUCAAACUUCUAAGGGGUCACAGUCCUUUCAGACAGCACAAAACCAAAGAUAAGCAUGAGAUCGACCGGAUGACGCUCACCGUGAAUGUGGAGCUACCGGACUCCUUUUCCCCUGAACUGAAGUCCCUUUUGGAAGGGCUCCUGCAACGAGAUGUGAGCAAGAGACUUGGAUGCCAAGGAAGAAGUGCACAAGAAGUAAAAGAACAUCCUUUCUUCAAAGGCAUUGACUGGCAGCAAGUCUAUUUACAAAAGUACCAUCCACCCUUGAUUCCCCCCCGGGGAGAAGUAAAUGCAGCAGAUGCUUUUGAUAUUGGGUCAUUUGAUGAAGAGGACACUAAAGGCAUUAAGUUGCUUGAUAGUGACCAGGAGUUAUAUAAGAACUUCCCUCUGGUAAUAUCGGAGCGUUGGCAGCAAGAAGUAGCAGAAACUGUUUAUGAUGCAGUAAAUGCAGACACAGAUAAAAUUGAGGCCAGAAAAAGGGCUAAAAAUAAGCAGCUUGGCCACGAGGAAGAUUACGCGCUGGGGAAGGACUGUAUUAUGCACGGGUACAUGCUGAAGUUGGGGAACCCCUUCUUGACCCAGUGGCAGCGUCGCUACUUUUACCUCUUCCCAAACCGACUUGAAUGGCGAGGAGAAGGAGAGUCCCGGCAAAACCUACUGACAAUGGAACAAAUAGUAUCUGUCGAAGAAACGCAGAUUAAAGAUAAGAAAUGCAUCUUGCUGAGGAUUAAAGGAGGAAAACAGUUUGUCCUGCAGUGUGAGAGCGACCCAGAAUUUGUUCAGUGGAAAAAAGAGCUGACAGAAGCUUUUACUGAGGCACAGAGGUUGCUGCGUCGGGCUCCAAAGUUUCUCAAUAAAUCUCGCUCAACAGUCGUAGAGCUUUCAAAACCACCGCUCAGCCACAGGAAUAGCAAUGGUCUGUAGGAGAAACGGAAAACAAAGUUCACGUAGGGAGGCUGCUUCGUGAACAUGCUGAGCUUCACAGAAUCCUUAUGAAUUACUUUGUGCAAUCCUGGACGUGGGAUGUGCUUAGAAGAGGAAGAAUUAGAUGUUUACAGCGUGGGAUAAUGUCAGAACUCUG